AUGAAUGAUACUGAAGAAUGCAUGAAAGAUACUAAAAUAAAUAAAUAAACUAUAAUAUCUGAAACAGAUACUUUUUCAAAUGAAAAAUAAAAUAAUUCUAAACAAAUAUUUUAGCUAAUUUAAGAUAGUAAAUUUACUGAAGAGGAAGCAUCUCAAGUUUCUUAAGCUGAUAAAUAUGAUGAAGAAAGCUAUUAUGAAGAAUAAAUAGAUGCAGAUGAUGGAGCAAAACAGAGAAGAUAAUAUUUUAAUAACCCAUUAAUUAAAAUCAAGUCUGUUGAGGAUGAUUCUGUAUGUUCAUAUAGCGAAUAUGCGAGCAAUCGGCUUGUAAACUCUAAACGGAUAAAUUAAUAGUAGAGUUUUGAUGCAAAAAAUACAUUAAAUGGAAGUAGAAACAAUAAUAGUAAAAAUAUGAAUCAAAGCUAAAUUAACAAUGAAAUUGUAAUAAAUUUAAACAAUUUAUAAUAAGGUUAAGAUAAAGGAAAUUUAUUGAAUUCGAACUCUUAGAAUAUUAACAUUUACAAUACUACCAAAAGCGAAUUAGCAAAGCUUAUAAGUGUAAGUUAGCCUAUUUAAGAUGUUAACGAUACUGAUAAGGAAGUUAAAUUUAAUAAUCUUUAGUAUAACAACAAACAAUAAACAAUAAAUUGUAAAACAAUACAAAUAGAUGAUAAAAAUUAACAUAUAUAAUAUAAUUCUGGCAUGUAGCAUGAUAUUAUUAAAGAAGACUCAGGUUUGAUGGGAGUUUGGAAAAAGUCAUCUUUACUUAUUAUAACAUUAGUUAAGAAAUUUCAAAGUAUGCUUAUGUCCCAUAGUAAUUAAAAUAAAUUUAGAGCACUAGACAAAAAACACUUUUUAGUAAUAGGAGAUAAAUCAGUAAAUUAUUUGUAUUACACUAAAUAUAAGUAGGAAUAAGAUCAGCUUUAUUUAAAAAAGAUGAAAACCUAGGGAACUAUGUUAAAUAUGAGGCAAGGUCUUUAAUCAAAAGGCAAGAAAAACCUUCAAUACUUUAGACAAAUAUCCAAUAAUACAAUAUAAAAUGAAUAAAUAAAGGGAAAUUGCUUGUUUUUGAUUCUCCUUUCUUUACUUAAAAACGUGAAAGUAAUUUAACCUAAUUCUAGGUUCAAGAUAAUAUGGAAUAUAGUUAUUUUUAUCCUUUUGAUUAUAAACUUCUUUAUUAUACCUCUCAAGCUGUGCUUUGCAUCUUUUAUGACAAACAAUAACAUAUUUAAAUACUUGACAUUUGUUACAGGAACUACUUUUUCACUUGAUACAAUAAUGAACUUUAAUUCAGCUUACUUCUCAAAAGGCCUUAUAAUUACAGAUAGAAAAAAAAUUAUUAAAAACUAUAUGAAAAAAAAUUUUUUUAUUGAUUUAUUCACUCUUCUUGCAUUCUCUUUUUCUUAAUUUUCAUACAUUUAUUUUGAAGCAGGCAUUCUGAUCAAGAUUCUUAAGCUUGCACCAAUAAUGGAGAAUUUCGAAGAAAUUCUCAAUCUAAGAUAAAGAGGAUAAGCUAUCCUCUCUCUCUUAAAGCUAAUUAUUUUUAUUCUAAUGGUAACCCAUAUCCUUGGCUGUAGCUUCUUUUUGUUAGCGCGCUUAGAAGAAUAGUACUUUACAAAUACAACCAACUGGAUUGAUUCUAAAGGCAGUUGGGACAAAGAAUGGUAUGACUAAUACAUACUUUCAUUAUAUUGGGCAGUAGUUACGAUGAUUACAGUCGGCUAUGGUGAUGUGGUACCUUAAAAUACGUGGGAGAGGCUUUUCUGUAUUAUUGUUAUGCUAAUUUCUUGUGGUGUUUUUGGUUAUGGCAUCAAUCAGAUAGGUCGAAUUUUAGAAGAGCUUUCUAAGAAAGAUGCUAUCUUUAGAGACAACAUAUCCCUUAUAACCUCAUAUCUCAAACAGUCUAAAAAAUCAAUCGCCAGACCUCACUUUUCCUCUUAUAUUUAUUUAUUUGUAACAAAACUAUUAUAUUUAUUUGAUUUAGGUUCUUUGAAAAAUGAGCUUGCCAGUGAGAUGUACAUUAAAAUUCUAAAUGAUUAAAAAGUGUUCAGACUUAACUUCUCUUAAGGUUUUAUUGCAGAUUUGUCAUUAAAAAUGAAAGAAAAAAGAUUAGGUCCUGAGGAGUUAAUCUUUUAAGAGAGAGAUUAUUUAGAUAGACUUUAUUUUCUCAUAAAAGGUUAAGUUGAGUUAUUUGUAAAUGUUAGGGAUUCAAAUAACAAUUUGACAACUUCUGUCAAUAUUUUAAGUAAAGGUCGUCUUUUAGGUUAGGCCGCCUUCUUUACUUAAUUGCCAUGUAGCACUGGUGCUAGAUGCGUAAAUGUCACAUCUUUAAUAUUUAUAACAAGAGAUGAUUUCAUAGAUGUCAUAAGGAAACACUCAAAGGAUUACGAAAAAUUUUGCAUGUUAAGAGAUAAUAUUUAAGUAAAUCAUAUUUCAAGAGGGUUAGGAACAAAAUGUCAUUUAUGUGGUUCUUUUAAUCACUCGUUUUAGUCAUGUCAUCUUGUUAGAUAUACACCAAUGAAAGAGAAGGUGAUAUUAAGGUAUAAUAGAAUGGAGCAAGGUAGAGAUCCUAAUUAUGUCAGAAAUGAUAGGAGAAAUCCUACUUCUAGUGCAAGGAUAGCUCAUGAAUAUUUAAAAGAUACAGCAAUCAACUUUUUAUUAGAUUUUAAUCCAGAUGAAACAGGUGAAGAGACAGUUUUAGAAGUUAUCGAAAACUUAAAAAAAUAUUAUGCUAAGGAAGACAUGAAAUGGAAAACUUAAGUUUUGUCUGAGAAAAUAAUUUGUGAAGAUAUAAAUGAGUAUUUUAACGAUUAGGGCUAAAGUCCUGGGGUGGUAUAUGAUGCAAAUAGUGCGAUUUUAAAUAGUGAGAAUAUAGUUAGAUAAAUCUCUCUAUAGUAAUCUUCGUAAUAGUAAGAGAGCAAUUUGUAAUAGGCACCUUUCAGUCGUAAAAAGAAAAAGACAUUAUCUUUCAUAGUACCAGAUGAUUUAAAUUCAGAUUCAAACUAAUCAAAUUAAUAACUAAAUGGACUUAAUUCACCUUUUAAAAGAAAGAGAUUUAAAGAAAGUAAAGAUAAUGGAAGCAGUUCUGAAAAUCUUAACAACUUUUCAUUAUAAAAUAAUAACUUACCUUAGUAAACUAGUAACGAAGCAAAAGAGAUUACUUAAGUUACUAGUAAUUUUAACCCUAAUGUAGAAAAGCCUAUAACUAUAGGAGGGUUUUUAAAAUAAAAAAGCUAUAUGUAAUUUAAAACAACUUCAAGUAGACCUUAAGAAGAUUCGCUUGUCGGAAACAACUCAGAUUUAAUAUCAAAUCAUAAUUAGGCUUAAACAAAUUUACUUAAAUCUACAAAAAUGAUAAAAAGAAGAAAUAACAUUAUAGGAGGAGUAGAUGAUGAAGCCAUUAAAAAGAAUUCCUUUUGCGAUAUUAUAGAUUUUGAUCGAUACAUGAUAUUUGAAAUAUAUUUUGUAGAAGGAAACAUAAAUAAAGUUCUCGAACACUAUAAUAAUUAUUAUAUACACCUCAAGAAAGAAGAAAAUGAUCUUAUUGCUAAAAAGAGGAACCACUUAAAAAGAAUGGUAACGAAAAGAAAAUUAACUAAGUCAGAAAGGUCAAUGAAUAUUUUAAAAAAUAAAAUAAUACAAAAACGGUCUUAGAAUGGAAAGCAUGGUACAUAUUAUACAUAAAACAUUGAGUCACCGACUUGCAAUUUUUCAGUAAAGUCUGGAAAAACACUUUAAUUAUUUAGAGUGGGAGGAGGAGGAACAGAUGCUAUAGGAAUAGAUUCAUCUGCUAAAAAUUAAAAUAAUCUAAAUUAAGGCAUUUCAUUUAAUGAUUAUUUAAAAAAGAAUGAAAUCAGCAAAUCAGCAAAUAUAAUAUUUUCAUAAAGCGGAGCAUAAAUAGAUAGUUCAGAUAAGUAAUCUGACAAGCCUCCUAAUUUUAAAUAGUCAGUUCUAUCCUUAAAGAAUUGA